CUCUUCUCUCCUCUUCAUUGUUAAAGUCGAAAAAGGGGGAAAAGCAGCAAAAACCCUAAAUUAAAACAACAAAAUCAAAAAAGAUUAAAAAACCAGAUCUUCACGCUCUUCUCCUGCAUCAACAACCUCGAGAUUCUCCUCCGCAAAUCCACCCUCAGAAGAGAAUGGAUCAACAAGAGCAUGCACAGUCCGGAGCCAUGAACUACGGCUCAAACCCAUACCAAACCAACCCCAUGACCACCACCGUAGCCGGCAGCGCGGGCCCCGCAGCACCUCCCGGGCAGCUAGGGUUCCACCAGAUCCAUCAGCAGCAGCAGCAGCAACAGCUGGCUCAGCAGCUCCAGGUCUUUUGGGAGAACCAGUUCAAGGAGAUUGAGAAGACAACCGAUUUCAAGAACCACAGCCUUCCCCUCGCCAGGAUCAAGAAGAUCAUGAAGGCCGACGAGGACGUGCGUAUGAUCUCCGCCGAGGCGCCCGUCGUGUUCGCGAGGGCAUGCGAGAUGUUCAUCCUGGAGCUGACGCUCAGGUCGUGGAACCACACGGAGGAGAACAAGAGGAGGACGCUGCAGAAGAACGAUAUCGCGGCUGCGGUGACUAGGACCGAUAUCUUUGAUUUCCUUGUGGACAUUGUUCCGAGGGAGGAUCUGAGGGAUGAGGUCUUGGGGAGUAUUCCGAGAGGGACUGUUCCCGAGGCUGCUGCUGCUGGAUAUCCGUAUGGAUACUUGCCUGCUGGAACUGCUCCGAUAGGGAACCCGGGGAUGGUUAUGGGUAACCCCGGUGGUGCAUACCCACCUAACCCUUACAUGGGUCAACCAAUGUGGCAGCAACAGGGACCUGAUCAAACUGACCAGGAGAAUUAAACUUUGGCAAAGAAACUAGCUCUGGAAUUAAGAAAGGAAGGGAGACUUUUAGAGAAGAAAAUGAAAGGAACAUAUCAGAAGAAUUUCAAAUCAGUGUGGUAGAAGAAGAAUCUAAGUCUUUGUUUUAUGUCUGUCUAUUCAAUCCUUUCUUUAAGGAAAAAAAUUAGGGAUGAACGAGAAGAAGACUGUAUAAAACUAUUACUCUGUAAGGGAACAAGUGUGUGGUUUGACAAGGUUUUUUAUUUCUAUGUUAUUGUCUCUUUUAUCUUUA